AUGAGUCGGUGAAGAGUAUCAUUCGUUCGUGAUCACUUGCCUAAAUCACAUCUAGGAAAGGUCAACAUGAAGGCGUUUGCUACCGUUAUUAUUGCGUUUAUCGCACUAUCAACUACCUUGGCGGAGAAUUCUAAUCGGACGGAGAAACGUAGCAUUAGCAAUCAGCAACUCUCGUCGUACAACAAUCACGUUCUACAGCAGCAGCAGUUGGAUUAUCACUACAAGCAACCCCAUCAAGCUCAGCAGCAGAAAUGGUCUCAACCUGAUGAACUGUUGAACAAAGCUGAGGAGUAUUAUCAACAUAUGCAACAACAGCAGCUUGAGGGGGAAUCUCAAAAACAGCAUACCCCAAUGCAUCACGGUAUCGAUAACCAUCAUUACCAACAUGUUGAGCAUCAACAUCAAAACCAGGCUGUGCAGCAUCAGCCCAUGCAAUACCACUACGCUCAGCAGCAAGAACAACAUCAACAUCAUCAUCAUGAUCAUCAACAAGAUCAACAUCAGCCUCAGUACCAUCAACAGCAGCAAGCACAACUUCAACAUCAUGCUAUUCAACAGCAACAAGCUGAAUAUCAGCCCCAUUACCAUCAACAGCAAAAUGUUGAAUAUCAGCCCAAUUACCAGCAACAGCAAAAAGUUGAAUAUCAGCCCCAUUACCAUCAACAGCAAGAAGAUCAGCAGCAGUAUCAUCACCAUCAACAGCAACCUCAGCAUGGCUGGGGCCAGCAGAAGCAGAUCGUCAGCGUAAGUUCGAUCACUAAGAAUGUGCCCUACCCAGUCCAUGUUCAGAAGCACGUUGCCGUCCCAGUAAACGUCCCAUAUCCGGUAGCCUUUGAAAAAAACGUCCCAGUAGUGAUCGAGAAGAAAGUUCCCAUCUACGUGGAGAAGCAGAUUCCAUAUCAGGUGGACCGUCCAGUGCCGUAUCCGGUCAAGGUUCCCGUUCAAAACCCAGUCCACAAAGACAUCCACGUGAUUCGCAUCCCCCAACCAGUCGCAGUUCAUGUUAAUAAGCCUUAUCCAGUGUACGUGGAGCACCCGGUCUACGUGGAGAAGCCUGUGCCCCUCCAAGUGAUCAUCAUGAAAGAGAAGAAAAAGUCCCUGUGGGGCUGAACGAAUGCUAUAUCGUCCUAGAUAUUUCCUGUUAUUCGAUUAGUUGUUGAUAGGUUCGUAGUUUGACGAUAAUAUUGUAAGAGAUGUUAAUACACUAUUUAUUGAUAUUGAGACCUUA